AUUCUACCAUUCCUCCUCUUAAAUGAAGCAAACUAAAAAGUCCAAUGCAUUUCUAAACGCAGUGCAAGUAAAGGAUUUAAAGCUCAGAAAGCUUUGAUCUUUUAGUAGAGGCAACCCUUUUUUCCCCUAUCUUUUUACAAGAAAAUUACCCGGAAACUUUGAACCUAAAGCAAUUAAACCGAAAAAGGAAGGGAUGAUGACACUCAAGUAGAGGAAAUUCCUGUAAAGGAAACAGUCUCAAUAGCGUUCAGCUAAACCUUACCACAAUUCGUACCACGUAGUGUAAGAUGUGCAGAAAGCAAGAUGGUUCUUAAAGAAAAUAUCUCAGAAUACCAACCAAAAUUAAUAAAGACAAUGAUACUCACUUUUUACUGGAUUCUAGUAUUGUUUGGAACAGAAGUUAGUGGGAUUAAUUUGCCAGGAUGUUCCCAUGUAAAGCCUCAAGUACGGUAUCGUGCAAUUAGCGAUGAAGAGUUUGUUUUACAAUGUGCUUUGCCACAUAAACAUGCUACCAACAUUUAUAACAACUCAGUUCUAAAUCAACAUGAGGUGAAAUGGUUCUGGUGUCAGAAAAACAAAGGACAUCUUAAAGCUGUCGAGGGAAGCUCUAACAUUACUCUGCAAGGGGAUGCACUUUGGUUUAAACCAGUAAGGGAGAAUGCUUCUGGAAUCUACAUCUGUAUGAUACAUGAAAAAAUUCCGUGUCUCAAAAUUGUUCUGGAGGUUCAAACAAAGGCAGAGGCAAAAUGUGCAGGCUAUGGUACAAACACACUGCAUCUUCUUGCUGGCAGUGGGAAUUCAAUAGCUUGUCCUGGGACAAAAUGCUACAGCCAUAUAGAUAAAGUGGAUGUAAGAUGGUACAAGGAUGGCCGUCAGAUAGAAUACAGGAAAACGAGGAAAAGCCUAAAGUUUGUGGAUAAUGAAAUCUACUUGAAAACAACUUAUGUUCAAGACGCUGGAAUAUACAUAUGUGAUUACACCAUAUUUGACAACACUACUCGGUGGACAAUGAGAACAGCAAUUACAGUAGAAGUCAUUGCAAAAAACACUAUCCAUCCACCAAACAUCUUGCAUCCCAGUGGUGUGACGAUUCUCGAAGCAGAACUUGGAAAGCCCCUUGAACUGGAAUGCCGUGUACAGUUUGGGUUUGAAAGAGGUACUCAGAAGAGAGUAAUAUGGAAAAGAGACAAUGAAAAUAUAAAUGAGAAAUUGAACCAGGAAACAAGUGUUUGUCCAAGAUGUUUAAAGGGACAUGUACUUCGUCAUGUUGCUAAACUGGAAGAAGUUACUGAGAAGGACCUAAGAAGCAACUUCAUCUGCUUUGCUCAAAAUUCUGUGGGGAAUGCUACCGCUGUGAUCCAACUGAAAAAAAAACGGAGAGUGUUUUUCUUGUACAUACUGUGCAGUGCCAUUUCUAUUCUCUUUGCAUUUCUUUUGUGCACUGCCUUUAUUUAUCAGCACUGGAUUGAAAUAGUACUGAUGUACCGAAGCUACGUGGCCCACAACGAAACUACAGAAGAUGGCAAAGAAUUUGAUGCCUUUGUAUCUUAUGCAAAAACAGACUCUUCUGAAAGUGACUCUGCUUUUAUUAGCGAGGAAAAAUUUGCCCUGGAGAUCCUUCCAGACAUGCUUGAAAACAAAUACGGAUACAAGUUAUGCAUUCUUGAAAGAGAUAUUCUUCCAGGAGGAGCAUACACAGAUGAAGUUGUUACAGCUAUUAAACAAAGUAGAAGAGCAAUCAUUAUUCUGAGCCCAGCCUAUGUCAGCGGACCAAAAAUCUUUGAACUGCAGGCAGCAGUGAACUGUGCACUGGAAGACAAAAAGAUCAAAUUGGUUUUAAUAAAGUUCCAGGCUUUCCAAGAGCCAGAGACCUUGCCUCCAGUAGUUAAGAAGGCUCUUCGGAUUUUACCAGUCAUUACCUGGAAGUCUUCUGUUUCUACUGCUCCAAACAAGAAGUUCUGGAAAUACAUGCACUACCACAUGCCCGUGAAUACCACUAAGGUGUUGGGAAAUUGCAGCCUAAAGGGCUUUUUCCAAAGGUUAUUCAGCCUGGUACGUCGAUAGCAUAAAUUUAACAGAGGAAUGACUGCUAUCCUAGGAGUUAAUGGAUUUAAACACCUUUUUUUUUUUUUUACAUCAGCAGACUACUCUGGACUGUCACUUGAGCCAGCAAUAGCUCACUCUAGAACUCUGAGUAGGGCUGCAGUGCAAACAUGCACACAGGAAAAAUAUGUGGCACUUCACACAUGUGUAUAUGUAAGCUAUCUUCAGUAAAUUAUUAUUAGGAUAUUUAUUAUGUUGUUUUGCAAUGAUGUUGAGACGUGAAUGUUCUCUUCUUUGCAUUGUUUUUCUGUUGAAGCAUUUUUAUACUUUUUCUUU